GCGGCUGCCUGACUCCGUCCUUCCCGCAGGAGUCGCGGCGGCGCCAGGGCGCUCGGCUUGGGUUACGGGCGCGGCCCGAGCGAGCGGACGGUCCAGCCGGAGCCCAGCCCCAGCCCGAGAGCCAGCACCGGCCCGCCAUGGUCAUCAAGACGGACGAGCUGCCGCCCGCCGCCCCCGCCGACAGCCCCCGGGAGCCCGGCCCGCAGGGCGGCGGGAAGGCCCGGCCCGGCCCGGCCGAGCUCCCAGCAGUCAUGCUGCUGAACGGGGACUGUCUGGACAAGAAGAGCGAGGAGCCCAAGGAGAAUGGGCACGAAGAGGCUGAAGGCGGUGACGAGAGCAGCGGGCAGGAGGUCAUCGUCAUCCAGGACACCGGCUUCACUGUCAAGAUCUCGGUCCCUGGGAUCGAGACUUUCUCAUUGCAGGUUUCUCCCCAGGAGAUGGUUCAGGAGAUCCACCAAGUGCUAAUGGAUCGGGAGGACACCUGCCACCGCACAUGCUUCUCUCUGCAACUGGAUGGCAAUGUGCUUGACAACUUCUCUGAGCUCCGGACCAUUGAGGGGCUGGAGGAAGGCUCCAUGUUGAGAGUGGUGGAAGAGCCCUACACCGUCCGGGAAGCCCGAAUCCACGUGCGCCACAUCCGAGACCUUUUGAAAAGCCUGGAUCCCUCAGAUGCCUUCAAUGGGGUGGACUGCAACUCCCUGUCCUUCCUCAGCAUCUUCACGGAUGGUGACUUAGGAGAUAGCGGGAAGAGGAAGAAGAAGGGCAUUGAAAUGGAGCCGAUUGACUGCACCCCCCCUGAGCACAUCCUCCCCGGAAGCAAGGAGCGGCCGCUCUGUGCUCUGCAGCCUCAGAACCGGGACUGGAAGCCCCUGCAGUGUCUGAAGGUGCUCACCAUGAGCGGCUGGAACCCCCCACCUGGGAACCGGAAGAUGCAUGGGGAUCUCAUGUACCUCUUUGUGAUCACGGCAGAGGACCGGCAUGUCAGCAUCACGGCCUCCACGCGCGGUUUUUACCUGAACCAGUCCACCGCGUACAACUUUAACCCCAAACCUGCCAGCCCCCGGUUCCUGAGCCAUUCCUUGGUGGAGCUGCUCAACCAGAUCAGUCCGACCUUCAAGAAGAACUUUGCUCUCCUGCAGAAGAAAAGGGUCCAGCGCCACCCUUUCGAGAGGAUCGCCACCCCGUUCCAGGUGUACAGCUGGACGGCCCCCCAGGUGGAGCACGCCAUGGACUGCGUGCGGGCUGAGGACGCCUACACGUCUCGGCUGGGCUACGAAGAGCACAUCCCUGGCCAGACCCGGGACUGGAACGAGGAGCUGCAGACCACAAGGGAGCUUCCUCGCAAGAACCUUCCUGAGCGGCUGCUGCGGGAACGCGCCAUCUUCAAGGUGCACAGUGACUUCACGGCGGCGGCCACGCGGGGGGCCAUGGCGGUCAUCGACGGCAACGUCAUGGCCAUCAACCCCAGCGAGGAGACCAAGAUGCAGAUGUUCAUCUGGAACAACAUCUUCUUCAGUCUGGGCUUCGACGUCCGAGACCACUACAAGGACUUCGGGGGGGACGUGGCCGCCUACGUGGCCCCCACCAACGACCUGAACGGGGUGCGCACCUACAACGCAGUCGACGUCGAGGGCCUCUACACCCUGGGCACCGUGGUGGUGGACUACCGCGGCUACCGAGUCACGGCCCAGUCCAUCAUCCCCGGCAUCCUCGAGCGGGAGCAGGAGCAGAGCGUCAUCUACGGCUCCAUCGAUUUCGGGAAGACGGUGGUCUCGCACCCGCGCUACCUCGAGCUCCUGGAGAAGACCAGCCGGCCCCUGAAGAUCCAGCGGCACCGGGUGCUCAACGAUCGCGACGAGGAGGUGGAGCUGUGCUCCUCCGUGGAGUGCAAGGGCAUCAUCGGCAACGACGGCCGCCACUACAUCCUGGACCUGCUGCGCACCUUCCCCCCCGACCUCAACUUCCUGCCGGUGGCUGGCGAGGAGCUCCCCGAGGACUGCCGGCGGGCCGGCUUCCCCAAGCCUCACCGCCACAAGCUCUGCUGCCUGCGCCAGGAGCUGGUGGACGCCUUUGUGGAGCACAGGUACCUCCUCUUCAUGAAACUGGCGGCCAUUCAGCUCAUGCAGCAGAAGGCUAACAGGGCCGAGAGCCCGGGCCCCCUGGAGAACGGCGCUUGUGAGGCCGGGGCCUCGGAGAGCCCGGAGGCCCUGGAGGCCGCCGAGGAAGGGGCCAGCGGCCUAGCCAAGGUGAAGGAGCUCGCGGAGACCAUCGCCUCCGACAGCGGCCCAGCAGUGGACCCCAAGAGCCGGGAGGUGAUCCAGAACGCCUGUAAGGCCGUGGGCUCGGUCAGCAGCACCUCCUUUGACAUCCGCUUCAACCCUGACAUCUUUUCACCAGGUGUGCGAUUCCCCGAGUCCUGCCAAGAUGAAGUUCGAGACCAGAAGCAGCUUCUCAAAGACGCCGCGGCCUUCUUGCUCUCCUGCCAGAUCCCCGGCCUGGUGAAAGACUGCACAGAUCACACAGUGCUGCCCAUGGACGGCGCCACCUUGGCGGAGGCCAUGCACCAGCGCGGCAUCAACAUCCGCUACCUGGGCAAGGUGCUGGACUUUGUGCUCAGGAGCCCGGCCCGACCUCAGCUGGACCACAUCUAUAAAAUCGGCAUCAGCGAGCUCAUCACCCGCUCGGCCAAGCACAUCUUCAAGACGUACCUUCAGGGUGUGGAACUCUCGGGCCUCUCGGCGGCCAUCAGCCACUUCCUGAACUGCUUCCUCAGUUCCUUCCCCAACCCCGUUGCCCACCUCCCCGCUGACGAGCUCGUCUCCAAGAAGAAGAACAAGAGGAGGAAAAACAGGCCCCCGGGAGGGGCCGACAACACGGCCUGGGCCGUCAUGACCCCCCAGGAGCUCUGGAAGGACAUCUGCCAGGAGGCCAAGAGCUAUUUUGACUUCCGUCUUGAGUGUGAGACCGUCGACCAGGCCGUGGAGACCUUUGGACUGCAGAAGAUAACCCUCCUGCGAGAGAUCUCCCUGAAAACCGGCAUCCAGAUCUUACUCAAGGAGUACAGCUUCGACAGCAGGCACAAGCCGGCCUUCACCGAGGAGGACGUCCUCAACAUCUUCCCCGUGGUCAAGCACGUCAACCCCAAGGCCUCCGAUGCCUUCCACUUCUUCCAGAGCGGCCAGGCCAAAGUGCAGCAGGGCUUCCUGAAGGAGGGCUGCGAGCUCAUCACGGAGGCCCUGAACCUCUUCAACAACGUGUACGGGGCCAUGCACGUGGAGAUCUGCGCCUGCCUGCGCCUCCUCGCCCGGCUGCACUACAUCAUGGGGGACUACGCCGAGGCCUUAAGUAACCAGCAGAAGGCGGUGCUGAUGAGUGAGCGGGUGCUGGGAAUCGAGCACCCCAACACCAUCCAGGAAUACAUGCACCUGGCUCUCUACUGCUUCGCCAGCAGCCAGCUGUCCACGGCCUUGAGCCUGCUCUACCGCGCCCGCUACCUCCUGCUGUUGGUCUUCGGGGAAGACCAUCCGGAAAUGGCCCUGCUGGAUAACAACAUUGGACUGGUGCUGCACGGGGUCAUGGAGUAUGAGCUCGCCCUGCGCUUCCUGGAGAACGCCCUGAGCAUCAACGCCAAGUACCAUGGGGCCAAGUCCCUCAAGGUGGCCCUCAGUCACCACCUGGUGGCCCGGGUCUACGAGAGCAAGGCCGAGUUCCGGUCGGCCCUGCAGCACGAGAAGGAGGGCUACACCAUCUACAAGAGCCAGCUCGGAGAGAGCCACGAGAAGACCAAGGAGAGCUCGGACUACCUGAAGUGCCUCACCCAGCAGGCGGUGGCCCUGCAGCGCACCAUGAAUGAGAUCUACCGCAAUGGCUCCAGCGCCAACAUCGUGCCCCUCAAGGUCACAGCCCCCAGCAUGGCCAGCGUCUUGGAGCAGCUCCACAUCAUUAACGGCAUCCUCUUCAUUCCACUCAGCCAAAAAGAUCUGGAAAACCUCAAGGCCGAGGUGGUGAGGCGGCACCAACUUCAAGAAACCAGCAAGGCCGCCACGCGGGAUGCCGCCGCCACUGUCGCCGCCGCCGCCGGCUCUCGAGAGGAGGCAGCGUCCAGCCUCUUGCCAGGGGACGACCCCCCCACCUUGAGCUCAGUAUGAUGUUUCUGGGGCAGAGAGGGAGAAACUGGACACUCGCCCCCCCAGUGAUUGGCAGAGGGCAGGUAGACGCCAUGUCCUGCUGGCCGGGGAAGGGGUCACGUCCCCUUCCUCCCGAGCACCUUGGCCCCCAACCAAAAUGUUCUUGCACUGGUAUAAUUAAUACACGAUGCAAAGUCCUUCUUGGAGCCCUAUAAUUGGAUGGAGCGUGUGAGCAUGUAGCCGCUGGCCAGGGACAGUGGGUGCCAGGGGCAGCCUCUGUUCCCCCCCUUCUCCCCACGUAUUAUUGAUCAGUCCAUUUCUCAUGUGUACAUAGCCCCAGCUUAUUUCCCCAAAUGGACUCUGUGGAGAUGAGAUUCUUUCUCAGGUCAUUCGUAUGCUUGACGUAAGGACGCUGCUGCUACCCGUGUUGCCGCCGCCACCGCCGCCGCCGCCUCCUCCUGAGGGUCUGCCCGCCCUCGGUCCGGGCGCCCAGGCUCCAAGCCAAACUGCGGGGGCCCCCCUUCUCCGCAGAGGGGAUGUCCUGGCCUGGGCCCCCAACCCCCUCCGUGGCACCUUUGGUCGCUAAUGUUAGCUUUUCUGCUUUAGGAAAGAGCCAUUGCCCCCUCUGCAGCACUGUGUCGCCGUGACCGUUGCCACAGGGUGGCCGGGCCUGGGGGAGGGGAGCUGCCUCGGUGCCGUCUCCACGCCGAGUCCCUUCGCCCACCGCCGCCCGUCCAUCUGUCCACAGUGCCUGGCGAGGUGCCGGACUGUGUCUCUGCGCCCCAGCUCAAAUACGCACAGUCCCAUUCCUGCCCGACCCCUCCAGAGCUUGAGCUGAGCACCUCCCCCUUCUCCAACUCCGGGUCCUCGACUGGGACCAGGAGUGGGCGAACCCCAGGGGAGGGGGGCUUUCAACGUGAAUGUAUUUUUUUCUCCUCCCCCCACCCUUUAAAGCUGUUUGAAUGGUAGGAGGAAGGUGGGAUUUACCGAGUGAGGGGAGCCCCAGGAGGGGAGCAGCACGAAAUCAUGAGUGUGGACAGAUCACUCCCUCUCCCCCGUAAAGGGACGUUUUUAACAAUUGUGUGACGUGGCUCAAGUCGGGGUCCUUUCUGUCUCUUGCUAAUUGAUCAUGGUCACUACUGAGGAUGUUUGCGGGGACAGCGGCACUUGGGGGCGUCAGGGGCAGGGGAAGGGACUGCCGCACACCAGGUGUGUGUGAGGAGGGUGACUUGUCGUGGGAAAUGCCGCCUUCUCCCCUCACUUGAGCCCUAGAGGUCCAGUCCAUCCAACCGCCUUGUUUCAAAAAUCAAAGUGUCGAGAGCGCGAGUGUGAGCGAGAAAGUGAGUGUGAGCGUGUCCCCACAAGCUGAUCAAGAACUUGGGUUUCUUGUUUUUAAACCAUCACAUCUUCGUUUCACAUUGGAAUAAAAUGAAUUUUUGAAACCUGC